AUGGGAGGCAUGCUAUUUUCUCUGGCUUUUUGCGCGAGUUUGAAGGCGGAGUUGGGGGUUUUUAUCAUACCAAUUGGAGUUCAAAGUGGCGUUUAUUUGGGAAAGGUGCCCAUGGUGAUAUUUGAAAAGAAGAAGCUUGGGUCCAGAAACGGGAUUCAGACCAACUUUCGCAAGACCAGUGACGUUCUCCUGCUUUAG